AUGCCGUGUGCUCCUAUGUUGUUGUGUCGGCCAAUGGCCGGGCAAUUGGCCCGGCCUAUGGCAAGACCAGUCUUCACUAGGCUACUCGCAAAACAUUCCAUUAAUAAAAACCCUAUAACAAGAACAUUCCACAUGAAUUCUCGUCUUUUACAAACUGAACAGGCCCCAGGCUCGGGCACCCGUACCAAAUCAGGCACACUCUCAAAAGUGUUCAAAUGGACCAUCUUCACUACAGGUAUGAUUGCUUCGGGGCUCGGGGCCCUAGUGGUGGGAUUCUUCAUCUACGAUUCGACUACUUAUAAGUCAUGUGACGUGCCAGAAGAGAUAAAGGUUCCGAAAUUGGCGUUGAACCCCGAGAUUGGGGGCCCAGAGAACUUGCCCAUCCUAAGGGAAACGCUAGAUGCGUACGAUUCGGAGCUCAAGGAAUUGGCGUCAUACAAGCCAAAGCUAGUCAUUCUAGGGUCCGGCUGGGCCUCUGUCGGACUCUUGAAAAACUUGACUCCAGGAGAUUAUGACGUUACCGUUGUUUCCCCGCAAAAUUAUUUCUUGUUCACGCCGUUGCUACCUUCAGCAGCAACCGGUACGUUGGAAGUUAAGUCGUUGAUGGCUUCGAUAAGAAAGAUCGUGAAGGAUGUCGAUGGUCACUAUUUGGAAGCGUACGCUGAGAAAAUCGAGUUCGACCAUAAUUUGGUCAAGGUGUCGCAAUUCAACACCAAGACCGGAGUGAAAGAGUGUUUCUACGUGCCUUACGACAAAUUGGUUAUUGCAGUCGGGUCCACGUCAAACACACACGGUGUCGAGGGCUUGCAAUACUGUUCCCGUUUGAAAACUGCAGAAGAUGCUAUUGCCAUUCGUAAAAAGAUCAAGACUUUGCUCGAAAGAGCCUGUUUGCCCACAACAACUGACGAAGAGCGCCGUAACUUGUUGAGCUUUGUUGUAUGUGGUGGUGGGCCCACGGGUGUCGAAUUCGCGGCAGAAGUGUUUGACCUUUUGAACGAAGACUUGCCCAACAUGUACCCCAAGAUCUUGAGACAGCAACUUUCUGUGCACGUGAUCCAAUCGAGAUCCAACAUCCUAAACACGUACGACGAGAAGAUCUCCGAAUACGCAACUGAAAGGUUCAAGAAGGAGACCAUCGAUGUGCUAACGAACUCUCGUGUCGAAAAGAUCCUACCCGACCGUGUGCUGUUCAAGCAAAAAGACCCUGAAACGGGUGAAGUGCAGCUGAAAGAACUGCCCUUCGGGAUCUGCCUGUGGUCCACAGGUGUUUCUCAGAACCCAUUGACGAAACAGGUGGUCCAAGCCUUGUCCCACGCGCAAAGAAACAAGAGGGCCAUUGAAACUGACUCCCACUUGAGAGUCAUUGGUGCCCCUACAGAAGACGUUUACGCUAUUGGUGACUGUUCUACUGUGAGAACCGACUUGGCAGAUAACACAACCGAGUACAUCAGAAGAUACAUUGUGAACAGACAUCUCUCGCUAACGAGAAGCAACGAGAUUAUCACAGAUGAGGACAUCAAGCAUUUGUCAUUGUCCUACAACGAGAUUAUCGAUAUUGCCAAGCAAGUGGCACGGAAACAUCCCCAAACAAGAGAACAUCUAAUCCACCUCGAAGAUGACCUACCAAAAUACGACACGAACCACUCGGGUCAGUUGAACUUCAACCAGAUCUCGGCCUUGCUACGUGAAGUGGAAACUAAAGUCACCUCUUUGCCAGCAACCGCCCAAAGGGCCCACCAACAGGGUAAAUAUAUGGGUAAAAAGUUGAGCAAGAUCGCAAGAGCAUCAAAUAACACUGAAGAUGGCGCCUUGAUUAUACACGAAAGGGGUGUGGAUGAGAGAAUCUACAGACCAUUCAGGUAUGUGCAUCUAGGUUCUCUCGCCUACAUCGGUAACUCCGCAGUCUUCGACUUACCAGGCUACUCAUUUGUCGGUGGGUUGAUCGCUAUGUACCUGUGGAGAUCCAUCUACUUCGCCCAAACCGUUUCAUGGAGAACAAGAGUCCUAUUGUUCAUGGAUUGGUUGAAGAGAGGAAUGUUUGGGAGAGAUAUCUUGAGUGAGUGA